AAGCCAACGUGCACGAGGACCCCUCAUAGGGAUUGACGAAAUAAAACACCAUCACGUUCGCUGAAGAUUGCGCUCCUACCUUUCUUCCUCAUCAUUCCUUCUCCGGAGAGAGGCGCGUCUCUUCUCUCACUCGAGCCCGGCCAUUGUGAGAGGAGCUAUAGAUGGAUGGACCUCAUCUGGAGGAACACCUGCCGCCCUCCACAGGGAGAACACCCCCACCCCAAAAAUUCAGACAAUCUUUUGACAGAAGCUCUCAAUGCAGGACAAUAAAUCACAUGGACAGCGAGACGUCUGAUUGGCUGCAUUUAAAGAGAUUUGGCGUAACUAUCAUGGACACUUCAUGAUCUAACUUGACACUCACGUAGCUAAAUAAUGCAGUCUCAAUAUGACAAACACCGUUUGUUAGCAUUUUUAAACAUUUGCUUCCAUAGGCAACAGUGGACAUUGAAAUCAUCCAUUCCAGGCUGAAGUUGAACAUUCUUAGAUGUCAUACAACCUAGCAGGUUUCACAGCAGAGCACUCCUGUCAUGUAGAGAGGAUCUUUGACGAGUGUUUUUGCACUCCGUCAUUAAAAACAGCAGAGCUCUCCUCUCAUACGGAGGAUCACCUCUCAUACGAACACUUUAGCAGCAGGUUUCCCUCACAACCCUACUGGACAUCCUCCUGUCUGGCAGGAGUACUUUUCUGGGCUCCACAAGCACGAUGUUGAGAUGUUGAAGACCCUGAUGACUGAUUGGUAUCUGGCAGUCCUCCUCCUUUGAGGCCCAGUCCACAAAGUAACUUGGGUCUCAUUAUGAGUGCUUGGACGGUUUAGUUGAUACUAAAAACAUAUCACAUGAUGUCUAAAUGACAUAUAAAUAUAGAUUUUGUGUCAGGCGUUAACAUGCUGUAAGCCAGGGGUGUCCAAAGUGGGGCCCGGGGGCCAUUUGCGGCCCACGGCUGUGAUUCUAUUGGCCCGCAGCAGUCUAAAAAUGUAAUUUAACAAGAAAAUUACAAAAAAUAAAACACGAAGCAUUAAAAAAUGGGAAAGUCAAAGUAUUCAUUUAAGAGAAGAGUUGUAAUCUAGCAAGGAAAACAAGCCAUCAUUUCACCAGAAUAAAGUCACAGUAUGAGGAAGUCAAGAAAUGUUUAUUUCAGUAGCAUUAAGCUGAAAUAGUAAAGAAAAAAAGUUUUUUUUUAAAGUAAAAAACAAUGAAUAGAGUUGUAAUUUUUAGAAAGUUAAGUUGGGGUAAAAUUUAUGACAUGGGAAUAAAGUACAAAUAUUAGGAGAAGAAAAUAUACAAGAAGAAAGAUGAGAUAUUUGGAAAAAAAAUCAACAGCAGAAAUGGAAAACAGCAGAAAUUUGACCAGAGUAAAGUCAAAAUAUUAAGAGGAAAAAAAUGGUUUUCUAAUGAGCCAAAAGUUGCAAUUUUAUGAGAAUAAACUUGUAAAAUGAGGAAAAAUAUCAUUUUAGUAACAAUGUUGAAAUAAAGAAAAGAUGUAAAGAUAUAAAGUUAUAAAGUUAGAACUACGAGAAGAAAAUUUACAAGAGGGAAGCUGAAAGAAAUAGUUGGGAAAUUAAAAAACAAAACAGAUGUAAUUUUACAGGAAUAAAGUCAAAAUAUUAAGAAAAAAAGCCAUAAUCCAAUGAAGGACAAAAGUCGCAAUUUUACAAGAAUAAACUCAUUAUUGUGGGGAAAAAAAAUCAUUUUUAGUAGCAUUUCACCUAUACUAAAAAAGCUGAAAUGCUUCUGUGUGUUGGUUUGCAAAAUCUCAAAGUGGCCCUUGCAUCCUUUCAUUUUUAGAAUGUGGCCCUCAGUGUAAAAAGUUUGGACACCCCUGCUGUAAGCCAUGCCUGUGCCUGUCAUAAAGGAGCCGGGCAGGAAUGUACAGUAAAGGAAUGGUGGCGCCCUCUAGUGGCCACAUUGAAACCACUUCCAGUCGGCCUUUAUGGUGAGUUAUGCCUAUUCUGUUAAACGGCCUGUAUUAACGUUGAAAUAAUUACCAAGCAGCAUAUUUCAAUGAUUUAAUGCAGCUACACUUUCAUACAAAAUCAGGUGAGGCCAAAUUUCCUUCGUUGUGCUUUAUUGAGAAACUAAGUCAUUUUGCCAAAUUGACUUGAAACAAGAACAAUCAUUUAAUGUCCUCUUUUGUUGUCUCCUCUUCCCGGCCUCCUGAGGUCUGAGCCCUCCUCUUCCUCAGUCUGGACACCAUCUGUUUGCAAGCCACGGCCACAAAUCCUCCUCUUCCUCCUUGCACGUUUGUUCGCGCCUGAAUAUGCCAUCACACAACAUAAGCUGCUAGCCUGAGGAGGCGUGCAGCCGUGUAGCCCCUUGAGAGGGAGGCCGAGGUGGCCCCACAACAACAGAAGCAAGGUCGUAGCGCCAGCCUGACGAUCGGUCCAAAGGCUAGACUGGGGCUCCAGUUGAGCUUUCAUUAUCAUUCAUCAGCACAGGUGGAAAACGUUUGGACACCCCUGAUAUAUUGAGUCAGCUGAUUGGCUGAUGGCCUUAAUUGCUGACUGCAAGCACCUGUGUGACAACCUUGAACACCUGAGGCGUCCUGUAUAAAAGCACCUCACAACCUGUGUUACCCACCUCAGCUAUAACAUCUGUGUGUGUUGUUUGAGUGCUGGUUCAGAAAUGGCAAAGAAAGUGCUCAUUGUGUAUGCCCACCAGAGCUCCGGCUCAUUCAACGCUGCGGCCAAAGAUGCUGCUGUGGAGGUUUUGACUGCUCAGGGCUGCACGGUGCAAGUGUCUGACCUCUAUGCCAUGAAGUUCAAAGCCUCUGCAACAUCUGAGGACAUCAAUGGUGUGGUCAAGAAUCCUGAACACUUCCGUUAUGCCGAGGAGACCAAACUGGCGUGGGAGGAAGGAAAACUGUCUGCUGACAUCACGGAGGAGCAACGUAAACUCACUGAGGCGGAUCUAGUCAUCUUUCAGUUCCCCAUGUACUGGUUCAGCCUUCCUGCUAUUCUGAAGGGCUGGAUGGACCGGGUGCUCACACUUGGCUACGCAUACUCUGAUGAAAGGCGGUACAGCCAGGGACUCUUCAAGGACAAGAAGGUGGUGCUGUCUUUCACCACUGGCUCCCUUGAGUCCAUGUUCAGUGCUAAUGGCAUCAAUGGAGACAUGAAUGUCACACUCUGGCCUCUUCAGAACGGCAUCCUGCACUACUGCGGCUUCCAAGUGCUGGCACCUCAGAUCUUCUGGGCUCCAUCUCGUGUCCCCCAAGAGGCCUGCACCACCAUGCUGGAGGCCUGGCGUGCACGACUUCAAGGACUCCUGGAAGAGGCCCCGCUAGCCUUCGCUCCCAUGGACUCCUUUGAUGGAGACAAGGGCUUCCAGCUGAAGCCUGAGGUCCAGGAGAAACAUGCAAACCAGGAGUUUGGCCUCACUGUGGGAACCCACCUGGGGAAGCGUGUGCCACCCAACCAGAUGAGGGCUGGGGUUUGA